AUGUGUCUCACCUAUGACCAUACUGGCGACGACACUCGUAUUGCAAGUGGAACACGCGACAAACGAGUUCAAGUAUGGACAUACGACUUCAAAGGACCAUUGGUACCAGUCUUCAGCAUUGAGCUCUCCACCACCAUUCCGCGUAGUGUCAACUUCAAUCGAACAGCAAGUAGAAACUUGCUUGUAUUCGGAAUGUAUGACGGCGAGAUACAUACGCUUCGGGGCUCAGACGGCGUUGUCAUCGCUACAAACAAGGCUGGACCGAUGAUCGGGCACGCUGUUGUGGAUGCCCCUCAAACACUGUUCCUAAUCGACAACGUGAUGAACGGAUUUAGCUUGCAUCGAUUAGAAGAUGGAGCAUGCAUCCGUACCUACAAUACCAACCCAACCAAGACAUUCCCGAAGCAGGUCGUUUUUGGUGAACAGGCUACCCUAAUCGUUGGAGGCAGUGACGCAGGAACUAUUCAUAUUUUUGACAAGAAUGAAGGUACCCUUAGGCAAGUAUUGCAACAUGCAGACAGGGGGCGAGCGCAAACUGUAACGACGUAUGACAGCGUGCACCAUAGCCUGAUUUUUGGAGCAACAUCUACCAAUGACGCAGAACCGACCAUCUCCAUCUGGUGUCGCAACACUACAGAAACCAUGGCCAAACGUGCCGCAUCCAAUGAUGGUGCACCUACCUCGAAGCAUAUCAGAAUUGAUGACGGGAAUCAGACAAUACCGACAACACCACUAGCGGAUAAGCAUGCAUGGGCGAUUUUAGAGCAAUUCCUUACCACGGACAUGACGUAUCCUCAGAUGGAAGACGCUCUACUAUCGUACCUCGGCGAUCAAUAUUCCGCAGAUGAUUGGAAGGAAUCCCGAGACGCGUUAUUUUCGGGUGACGGUGAUGACGAGCUUGCCUUGGCAAACCUACGUGCUGUUAAGGCAAAGCACAUACAUCCAGCCUUAUCCGCUCCCAAGGAUUCUUCCAUGGCCGACAGGCGAUCGACCAGUGCGCGCAUUCAAAGUUCACGUAGACGAGCCAAAACGACGACGGAGGAGGAGGAGGAGGAGGAGGAGGAGGAGGAGGAGGAGGAGGAGGAGGAAGAGAACCACAACAAACCCUCGGAGCCCUGGAAGGCCGCCAGGUUUACUGCAGCUAUCAACGAAAUCACGAAUCGAUUCGAAGGCACACAACCUAGCCCAUCACAAGAUCGUCAGACUAUUCCCACCUCGAUAUCUGGCCUCAUCCCUUUAGCUGGAUUGCAGGACGGGAGGAUGUAUCUUCUCCAUGUCCAACGAAAUGUCACAGAUUAUAUCGCUGCACACCUUCGGAGGAAAAAAUUUGCCGUCAAGGACAGCCCCAAAACCAUCGCAGAUUCGCUUCCUUUCUCGCUCUACCUCGCCGUGAAACAAUAUCUCGUCAUAACGGAUGAGGAACGUGAAAUGGUCGAGCGUUCUUGCAGCAAGCUUCCCAUUCCAGCUUGGGUGAGGAUCAAGCAUGGCAAGUAUAAGGGCGACAUAGCCCAAGUCUUCGAUUCUGAUUUGCCGAAUGAUUUGGUUGCGGUCUUGGUUCCCCUACGAGAUUUCCCAUACCCCAUGUCCCGAGGAUCUCGGUGUCUACUCGACCGAUCCCGCCUUCCGAACGGGGACGCGGUCUCCAACAUCUAUCGCGAUGACGAAGUUAUAGGCUGCAAGUACAAAGGAGAGAGAUACUACAUGGGCCUCCUACUUCACAACUUCCACCGCGAUCGCCUAGAACGUGUCGUCUGCCCUCACGUUAACGACAUUGAACUCCAUUUGCGAUCCGGAUGGGACAAGUCAUUCCUCAAGAGCACUGUUGUUGCGUUUUCGAUGCAGUUCUUGCACGCAGGCGAUUGGGCCAAGAUCGUCAAAGGAGAUCUUAGUUCAGAAGUCGGGAUGGUCACCUCAACCGACCAUACUGUCGGUUCUGCCACCUUGGAUUUGAGCUUGAGUGGACACCGAAAGGAAGUAGAAUCAGGUCCAUACUUCGGUGUGGAGGGGCACAUUAUUGAAAUGGUAGAUGAUAUAUUUCGUCUUUGUCAAGAUGUCUCAAAGGAAGAGGUGGAAGUUUCAAAGUACUAUCUGGACCAGCGCCCUCUGACUCACACGCGGCAAGAACGACCACCAACGCAGCAACUUUUUACACCUCCCGCUGAUGUUGAAUCGAUUCAAAUAGGGGAUUGUGUAGAAGUACUUGUGGGGGAGCAUAUAGGCAAGUGUGGCAUCGUGCGUUGGCUGCCCAAGGGAGGAGGAACUCUGUGGUUCCAGGACGGAACAUUGUACAUUCCGGUUCCCAUUGCAGUAGUUCGGCGGACACACCUCCCACACCUUCAGACAUUACAGUUCACGAAAGACAAGGGCUAUGAUGUCAAACCUGGAGACAUUGUUGAUGUUCCCAUCUCUUUCGCGAUGAAAAUACACAACGCCAGCCUGGAUUCCUUCAAACAGGACAUCGGCCAAGAAGUAUUCAUCAUUGGGGGUGACCGUAAGGGUUACCGAGCUACGCUCUACAGCCUCGCCAGUAGAGAAAUGUACACUUGCUGUGCAUGGGCAGCAACGCACUACAAUCCCACUCCAGAAUGUUGCCACAAGGUACGGAAGGAGACUAAACGCGUCACCCCCCCACCUGAGAAGGCUCACUCUAGCUCAUCGGUUGCAAUUGCAGCUCCUGGCACGUCCUCAUCCGCCUGGACCAACUGGACCACCAGCCCCGAUGAUCAGGCUAGCAGUCCUUUGCCCAGCAUUAAUCCCAGCACUUUGACUGCCGAUCCGAAUCCCUGGACUGUCGAUACUGGCGACACACUAGAUAACAUUGAUUCUCGAUCGGAGAAACUCGAAGAGGGCCCGCUAGCUUGGCUAAUGAAAAAGGAAUUUUCCUCCAAGCUCACCACGUAUCACGUGAUGUUAAAAGUCUCGCCCUCCUUUAUGAGAGGCAGGCUACACAAUCGAUUUGUGUCAACCGCUUGCCCUGAUCCCUUCCUCGGUCUGAAUGGACCCGCCCCCGAGGGCUGUGUUGCAGUGUUCUGUUCAUCGAACGGUGCAGGCGCCGCCAUUCAGCACUAUCACAUACCGAUCACAGAUCUAAGCCGAGCUCCUCCUCGCAAAAAAAAUCAAGAGUGUAUUGUUCUAGAUGGGAGUCAUCGCGGUUCCAUCUCUACUAUAGCUAAGUGCAACCUUAAGAAGAACACCGUGGAUAUUGCAGUUACUCCUUCUACCUUGGUAACUUUACGUUUUGAUCAGAUCUGUCUUGUGGAGAAGUCACGCGCUACUAUGUGA